UACGGUAUUUUUGUCGGGGGCGUAUAUUAUGGAGGUGUUGUUGUGUCACGGGGCACGUGCAUAUGUACUGUUAUUUCUUGUAGUUUCAGCGAAUGGAGUGAGUGGACACACUGUUCGCAAAAAUGCGGGCCAGAUGGAACAAAGUUUAGGGUUCGUAAUGUCCUACAGGUAACUGGUUGCGGACCGGUCAUGUGCGCCGAGCCAACUUCAGAAGAACGACCCUGUAACCGUGUAUGUCACAACGGAGGAAGUCUCACGCAGAAUGGAUGUAACUGUCAAAACGUCAAUUACAGUGGUCCAUGUUGUGAGUGUGAGGACAUUGACUGCCAGCUGAGCCACUGGACUAAGUGGUCAUCUUGUGAAAAUGCUACGAGUCGCAUAAGAUCACGAGAUGUUUUAAGAGGUUCUGAGUGCGAAGGAGCGAAGUGUAAAGGACCGUAUACAGAGGAACAAGCUUGCUCUGUUGUACUGAAAGGAAACAUCUUGGUGGCGAAAUGGAUAAUUAUAACUCUUAGCAUUUAUGCAGGAAUAUUGACUUUAACUAUUUUUACCGUAUGCAUACUGAAGCGCAGAUCACAGAUUCGAAAUUGGUCUAUAAAUCAGGCUGCCAACUACGCGAACUUACGCGACGACACAAACGAAAGCAUUUCUAUGGCGAGAUCGCGGUACAGGUCAAGAAAUAGGAGGGACUCUAUACAUUCUACCAGUACCAUUAUGGGCUAGACAAUGGUUUUCUAAAAGGGAACUUAACUAAACGCAGAAGACAAACGUAAUAUAAAUGAGUGUCAAUCUCAUUCCAGGCUCAAACAAUACAUUGUUUUAAGAUUAAUUAUAUAAUUAAUUUGUCUUAGUUUAUUGUAAAUUUACCAAGUGUAAAUAAGUUUUAAAGCAUUUUGUUCCCAAGUUUAUAAAAUUCAUACUUAGUAAUAAUUUUAUGUCUUUUUGAAAGUAUUUAUUGCCUGUACUUUACCAAUUUUAAUAUUUUAUUAAUCUUAAGAUUGUUUUUUUGAUCAGGAUCAUUUGGUAGAUCAAUGUUAGUAAUGUUUUGUAACAUUUAUAUCAUUUUACAUUUUGAUUUCGUUGAAAAUGUAGGCAUCCUGAAUAAUUGGUAACAUAUUAUUUUUAAUUUUUGUAGUGGUGAAAACAAUGUUUAAUUUCAGUCCGGUGCAAUGUUUAGUUACAAUAUUUUGUAUCUUACAUUUA